UGUGCGGUGAGGAGGAAGGGGGAAACGGGGCGUGGCCAUGCUGACUCGCGGGCGCCGCGGAGCUCAAGGAACCCGGAGCCGCGGAUCUGGGGGAUAGGAGAGUGCCGGUCCUCGGGCCUCGGCUGCCGGGCGAGGGAGAUGGCAGCGCGAUGGAGCAGCGAGAAUGUGGUGGUGGAGUUCCGCGACUCCCAGGCGACUGCCAUGUCUGUGGACUGUCUGGGGCAGCAUGCAGUGCUUUCUGGCCGCAGAUUCCUGUACAUCGUCAAUCUGGAUGCCCCUUUCGAAGGUCACCGCAAAAUCUCUCGCCAGAGCAAGUGGGACAUUGGAGCUGUGCAGUGGAAUCCUCAUGACAGCUUUGCACACUAUUUUGCAGCUUCGAGUAACCAGCGGGUUGACCUUUACAAGUGGAAGGAUGGCAGUGGGGAAGUGGGCACAACCCUGCAGGGCCACACCCGUGUCAUCAGUGACUUGGACUGGGCAGUGUUCGAGCCAGAUCUCCUGGUCACCAGCUCUGUGGACACCUACAUCUACAUUUGGGAUAUCAAAGACACAAGGAAACCUACUGUUGCACUAUCUGCUGUAGCUGGUGCCUCCCAAGUCAAGUGGAAUAAAAAAAAUGCUAACUGCCUUGCCACCAGCCACGAUGGGGAUGUGCGGAUAUGGGAUAAGCGCAAACCCAGCACAGCAGUGGAGUAUCUAGCAGCCCACCUCUCCAAAAUCCACGGCCUUGACUGGCACCCAGACAGCGAGCACGUUCUUGCCACCUCCAGUCAAGACAACUCGGUCAAGUUCUGGGAUUACCGGCAGCCUCGGAAAUACCUCAAUAUUCUCCCCUGUCAGGUGCCUGUGUGGAAGGCCAGAUACACGCCUUUCAGCAAUGGAUUAGUGACUGUAAUGGUUCCCCAGCUGCGAAGGGAAAACAGCUUGCUCCUGUGGAAUGUCUUUGACUUGAACACCCCGGUCCACACCUUUGUGGGGCACGAUGACGUGGUGUUGGAGUUCCAGUGGAGGCGGCAGAAGGAAGGGUCCAAGGACUACCAGCUGGUUACAUGGUCCCGGGAUCAGACCUUGAGAAUGUGGCGGGUGGAUUUCCAGAUGCAGAGGCUCUGUGCCAAUGACAUACUGGAUAGUGAUGAGUUCAUUGAGAGCAUUUCUCUUCUGCCAGAACCAGAGAAGACCCUGCACACCCAAGACACUGAUCACCAGCACAAUUCAAGCCACGGGGAGGAAGAAGCCUUAAAGGAAGAUCCCCCUAGCAGUCUUCUGGAGGAGAGGAAGUCAGAUCAGCUGGGCCUGCCGCAGACUCUGCAGCAGGAAUUCUCGCUAAUCAACGUGCAGAUCCGGAAUGUCAACGUAGAGAUGGACGCAGCGGACAGGAGCUGCACAGUGUCCGUGCACUGCAGCAACCACCGCGUCAAGAUGCUGGUGAAGUUCCCAGCGCAGUACCCCAACAAUGCCGCCCCUUCCUUCCAGUUCAUUAACCCCACGACCAUCACAUCCACCAUGAAAGCUAAGCUGCUAAAGAUCUUGAAGGACACCUCACUGCAAAAAGUGAAACGAAACCAGAGCUGUUUGGAGCCCUGCCUGCGCCAGCUCGUCUCCUGCCUUGAGUCUUUCGUGAACCAAGAAGACAACACUUCCAGCAAUCCAUUUGCACUCCCGAACUCGGUCACACCACCCUUGCCAACGUUUGCGCGGGUCACCACUGCCUAUGGGUCUUACCAGGAUGCCAAUAUCCCCUUUCCUAGGACCUCUGGGGCCAGGUUCUGUGGAGCAGGCUACCUGGUGUACUUCACAAGGCCCAUGACGAUGCACCGUGCAGUGUCUCCAACAGAACCCACUCCCAGAUCUCUCUCGGCCCUGUCUGCUUAUCAUACUGGCUUGAUUGCACCAAUGAAGAUUCGUACAGAGGCCCCUGGCAAUCUUCGUUUAUACAGUGGGAGCCCCACUCGCAGCGAGAAAGAGCAGGUCUCCAUCAGCUCCUUCUACUACAAGGAGCGGAUGUCUCCUCGCUCUGCCCGGCGACGUUGGUCCAUACAAGCCAUUAACGACUUCCCGAAAUCGAGGAGGUGGAAAAGUAAGCGCGAAGGUUCGGACUCUGGCAAUCGACCCAUCAAGGCUGCUGGGAAGGUCAUCAUCCAGGACAUUUCGUGCCUCCUUCCUGUUCACAAAUCUCUGGGAGAACUGUACAUAUUGAACGUGAAUGAUAUUCAGGAAACGUGUCAGAAGAAUGCCACUUCCGCCAUGCUUGUUGGAAGGAAGGAUCUUGUUCAGGUUUGGUCACUGGCUGCCGUAGCUACAGACCUUUGCCUUGGUCCGAAGUCUGACCCAGAUUUGGAAACACCCUGGGCUCGGCAUCCGUUUGGACGACAGCUGCUGGAGUCCCUGUUGGCGCAUUAUUGCCGGCUGCGGGACGUUCAGACCUUGGCUAUGCUCUGCAGCGUGUUUGAAGCCCAGUCUCGGCCUCAGGGGCUGCCAAACCCUUCCGGGUCUUUUCCUAACCGAUCUUCCAAUCUCAUGGUGUCCCAUAGUCGAUAUCCCAGCUUUACCUCCUCGGGAUCCUGCUCCAGUAUGUCUGACCCAGGCCUCAGCACCAGUGGCUGGAACAUAGCUGGGAGGGAGGCUGAGCAUAUGUCCUCCCCAUGGGGAGAAUCUUCUCCAGAGGAGCUCCGUUUCGGGAGUCUCACCUACAGUGACCCUCGGGAGAGGGAGCGCGACCAGCAUGACAAAAAUAAACGGCUUCUGGACCCUGCCAACACCCAGCAAUUUGAUGACUUUAAGAAAUGCUAUGGAGAAAUCCUCUAUCGUUGGGGCCUGAGAGAGAAACGGGCGGAAGUGCUGAAGUUUGUGUCCUGUCCUCCUGAUCCUCACAAAGGGAUCGAGUUCGGCGUGUACUGCAGCCAUUGCCGGAGCGAGGUCCGCGGCACGCAGUGUGCCAUCUGCAAAGGCUUCACGUUCCAGUGUGCCAUCUGCCACGUGGCCGUGCGCGGGUCGUCCAACUUCUGCCUGACCUGCGGGCAUGGUGGCCACACCAGCCACAUGAUGGAAUGGUUCCGGACGCAGGAGGUGUGUCCCACGGGGUGCGGGUGCCACUGCCUGCUGGAAAGCACUUUCUGAGCUCACGGACCAUGAGCCCCAUGGAAAUCCCAGAGGGCUGCGAAAUGCCAGCAGAAACCUUGUGCCAGGGAAGCUCCGGACGGGGCUUGUCCCUAGCAACGUGGGAACAGGUUCGCCUGCGGACCGCACUGCCGCAGCUGCUCCCCAGAAACACUUGUGGUCUCUUUUCCUUGGCUGCCCCGACCUGGACAUUGCUGGCCAAAGAGGAGGCCGGGGUCACAGAGCCGGACUCUUGUCUGCAUCUGCUGUGUCUGCACCACAGUGGACGUUUUCACUGGGGAAGCACCUGCUUGCUGGGCCAGUGUCAACCUCCAAGGCGAGAAGCCUGUGCCACCAGCAGGCUCUGCCGAUGCCAGGGUAGAGACCUAGGCAGCUACAAAAGAGUGUCCUGGGCCACAGAGCAGGGGAUGUAAUUUAGUCAACAAGCGAGCCCAUGACACCUGGAGCUUUAGAAGAUCCUGGUAUCAGCAUCUAAUGAGCUGAUGGACAGCGGCCACCUGAAAUAGGAUACUGAAAAUGUAAAAUGUGAUGUACUUGAGGAUUCCUAAGAUGUAUUUUUUUAUCUUACCUCCAGCUGCUUUCCCUUGACUAAUAAAAUUCUAGUCAUUGUUAAAAAAAAGAGAAAGAAAAAUAGUUGUACAUCUAGGUGAAUCUUUUUUUACCCUGCUUAUAAUUGAAGUUAGCUAUUUCGGAUAGGACCAAAAUCACUGCUCUGCUUUUUAAAGGAAAUGCUGAUGACUUUGGCCAUCUGACAGGAGGAAAUAGACUUCAGCAUUGAAGGUUCUCCCCAGUUCCAGGAGUCUUACAAUUAUUUCUUGUAACAAAAGGGUCAGAUUGCAUUGCGGCAUUGGCGCAGCAGUCCCUCCUGCCUCGGCGCAGGCUGGUGGACGUCCCGGGAGCACCCCACUGUUAUCUGGGCUCCAGGUAAACGUUGCCCAGGUUUGCUAUGCUCCAGGGUCUCCUGCGAGCACCAUUUCUUUAGAAGGAUUUUCAGCUCAUCACCUUUUUAUGUACAGAAAUAGAAACCCUCUUUAUUUCUGUUGAGAUCCCUCUUAGAAUUUUACAGUUCCAAAUUGGUUAUUUUAAGGAAUACGAACAAUUACGUGUCGCAUAAUCGUAGUGUUCUAUGUCACUGUGUUUCAGGCUCCAAGUCAGGACUCAUUAAUGGACUGUGAAAUCAAUGCUGUGGCUAAAAACCAGCAUUUAAAGACAAUGAAAUAAGGUGAAAGAGAAGCGGUCAGAGUGUAUCAGCAUAGUUAAGGUGAAUAAUGUUUUGCGUAGCUUGUUUACAGAUGUGUCCUGGAUCAUUAUAUAAACUCAUCUCUUACUGAAGGUUGGAGUCAUAAACCCUUGGUUUAGGUGAUGCUUGUACCUUGUCCCCCGUGGGUCAGGAGACAGCAUUGCAUAGGUCAAGGGCUUAGGUCCUGCAGUGAGACCAAAGGCUGAACACUGGGCUGACCCGAGUGGUGCCAGGGUGAGCAGCCAGGUCUAGGUGAGGGAGAGAGGCCUUUGACUUCCCAGUUUGUUUGCACCCUCUCCCCUUGUUUGGGUCGUGGCUGCUGUGACAGCGACCCCAGAGUAGGUUGACCAGUUGACACAGAGAUCAAGCCUCUGAUGUGUCACUUGGUGAAUCCACAUUGCGGAAAAUUGUUCCUGUUCCCCACUGCUCAAACGAAUGCAAAAAUCUGUCCCGGUGUGUCCCCAUCGAAAAUGAGAUGUUUUUCUUAGUUUGUGGUUGUCUUUCAAAGCAGAGAAAUGUUCCUGGAGGUUAUGAAGCAAUCUGAAGUUUAAAACAUUACAUAGUGUCUUCUUUCAAUAUGUGAAUUUCUUUUGAAUUUCUAGCUUACCAGAACAAAAGUCUUAAUUAAUUUAUUUAUUUAUUUAUUUUGGUACUGGGAGUUGAACUCAUGACCUUGUGCUUGCCAGGCAAGUGCUUUUGCCGCAGAGCUGUAUCCCCAGCCCCAAGAGCCUUAAUUUAAAAAAAAAAAAAAAAAUCGCAUUUGGCUACACGGUCUGGAUGGUAACCAUGGUCCCUUU